AUGGACGCACCUUUGGGUGUGAGCGUCUUCCAGUUACGAGAUGGAGACUGGAAAGCUCUUGUCAACCAAAGCCGUUUCUCAGACGUAAUCGGAUUGGCUCGUAAGGUGCGUCUCUCCUCUCACACUGUAUCGGUCAUCGUCGUAAGUGAAGACUUGACCUUCCUGACCUCGUUCGCCGAAAGGUCACUGGAAGGUCGUCUGUUCGUGUGGACGACGAGGCUCCUUCUCGUGACCCGACUCGCGCUGAGUGACCUUCGAGACGUUUUGAGUUCCCGCUGGACGUUUUCUAUGAUGAACACCGUUGCGCUUAACGUCGAAGAAAACGGGAGAUCGAGCUUAUACGCCCACAUGCCCUACAGUCCAAUGGGUUCACAAUGCUACAAACUGGGCUCUUGGUCUCGAAAAUUUCGGCUUUUCCUUCGCUCCCCUUUGGAAAUCUUCACGGAAAAGUAUGAGAAUUUCCACGGCGGGUACGUCAACAUCACAUCUGGUGUUUGGUCGCCAUUUUGGGACGAGAAGGAGGUCACGGCAGCUGAUGGGUCAAAGGUCAAGGAGUAUGGUGGCAGCGACUACAUGGCUCUGGACACCAUAGCGAAGGCACUCAAUUUCCGCAUUCGACAAGUUCCCACGAAGGAUUUCGUCGAGGUAACGCAAAGAGUAGAGGAGAGAGUUUCAUUCAUAGCUUCCAUUUACUACGUCGUGCUCGCGAAUCGCCUCGAACGCCACGACUUCACCUACACUUACCAGUUUUCUUACGAGAGCUUCUGCCUUGCUAAGCCCGGUCUGAGGCCACAGUGGGAGAGCCUCUACUACCCUCUGGCUCAUCAAGUUUGGGCUGGGACGGUGACCGUGCUUGUCAUUGUGCCCCUGGUGCUGGCUGUGAUGGCCCACCUCAGAGGUCGGUGGGACGCCGUCAGAACGUUGGACAUCUGUAAGGUUUUCCUCGAAGUGUUCAAAACGUUCGUGGGUCAGAAUCUAACGCAGUCUACCUUCAAAACAACCUCGGCUCGUCUUGUGGUCACGGCUUGGCUCGUUUUCUCUUUCGUCAUCGGGGUGGCUUACAGGGGUAACUUAACUGCUUCUCUCACUCUCCCUGUGUAUCCUCCCAGGCCUGAAACAGUGGCUGAGCUUGUAGAAACUGUGGAAAGAUCAUGA